GUUCGAGGAGAGGCGUGGUCACUUCACGCCGCAUCAAGAUUGACCUGGUUUAAAUCCACACCCGAGCCAGCUCCGCAUUCAUUGAAAAGUGCAUAGCCGACGCUCACAGUUUCUCCCGUGAAAAUUCUACCCGAACAGUCUGACUAUGGCUAACUACAUUCAUGUACCAGAGGGUGCGCCCACUGUGCCCAAAUUAGAUGUGACAGUAGACGAAAAAGAUUACAGAACUGGGGCGCUGAAACUCAUCAAGGAGCUGAGACCCAACUGGAAACCAUCAGAGGUCAAAAUGAAGUCCUUCACCGAUGGAAUAACAAAUAAGCUGAUUGGCUGCUACAUGGGCGGGGUGAUGGAGGAAGUGGUUCUGGUGCGUAUCUACGGACACAAGACAGAGUUGUUUGUGGACCGCGAGAAUGAGGUGAAAAGCUUCCGGGUUCUACAGGCCCACCGCUGCGCUCCGCAACUGUACUGCACCUUUAACAACGGCCUCUGCUACGAGUUCCUACAGGGAACCGCACUAGAACCGGAACACAUACGCAGUCCGGGGAUAUUCCGGCUAAUUGCGCCGCAGCUAGCUAAGUACCACGCUAUCCAUGCACACAAUGGCUGGGUGCCACAGUCUGACCUCUGGUUCAAGAUGGGCAAGUACUUCUCCCUGGUGCCGACCCACUUCAAGGAUCCAGCCCAGAACCUGAGGUUGAGCCGUGAGGUGCCAAGCACGCUCUCCCUGCAGGAGGAGAUGCUGUGGCUGAAACAGUCCCUCUCUGGGCUGGGCUCUCCUGUGGUCCUCUGCCACAACGAUCUGCUCUGUAAGAACAUCAUCUACGGCCAGACUGGAGGCAACGUGAAGUUCAUUGACUACGAGUAUGCAGGCUACAACUACCAGGCCUAUGACAUCGGAAACCACUUCAACGAAUUUGCAGGUCUGAGUGACGUGGACUACAGCCUGUACCCUGAGCGGGCUCUGCAGCUCGAGUGGCUCAAGAUCUACCUGGAGGCCUUCAAGGAGCACAAGGGUCAGCCCAGACACGUGUCAGACACGGAGGUUGAGGUGCUCUAUGUGCAGGUCAACCGCUUCGCCCUGGCGUCUCAUUUCUUCUGGGGACUGUGGGCUCUUAUUCAAGCUCAGUACUCAACCAUUGACUUCGACUUCCUGGGAUAUGCAGUUCUUCGCUUCAAUCAGUACUUCAAGAUGAAGCCAGAAGUGAUGGCCCUGAACUUUCCAGAAUAACUCCGCAGGCUCCCAGAGUGCUGUGCCCUCUGAAGAACAUCUCCCCCUAGUGGACUCCAUGGCCAACUGCAUCAUAGCCCUUCCACUGGUCUCAACACACCUAAUUCAUAAGCUGCAGCAAACCUAGACAAAAAAAAACAGACACAACCAACUAUUGGAAGUAAUGUAAUGGGUAAAUGUUUACACCUUAAUAAUGGUCUCCAAUUGCACUGGCUCCCAUAGACACACACCAGACAUUUCUCAGAUAACACACUGUACAGACUGGACCCCUUACAACCUCCACACGGAACCGUCACACCUGCUGUGAAGGAGUAACUAGCACACCUCCCAUAAGAGGAGCACAGAGAGGACCGAUCCCAAAACCCCAAACGGACCUCACUAAGGCCUUCUAUUCCGGGUUCUGUCACGCCCCAAGCCGGGUCGCCUGGCACAGAACCAACACCAAAUACACUGUCCCGGACCACCUUACCCAGCCAAACUAACUGGACCAAAUGGAUAUCCCCCCCAUGGGAAACUGCUUCACCUGUUACUCACCUGUUUGUCUGACUGCUCCUCAUAAGGCCUUCUCUAGUCCUGUGUAGCCCCCUAUACUGAUGAUUACAGAUGUUAUAUAUCAAGACUUGGGGCAUGGGGCCAAUGGCCACUAGUUCUGUGAGUUUUGUGGGCGAAUUCCAUGGUAGUUCUGUUUGUUUACACAUGUUUUUCGGGAAAGGAUAGGCAUCCAGCAGUGUUAGAGGUGUGUGUCGAAGUGAUGGUGUGUGUGUGUGUGUGUGUGUGUGUGUGUGUGUGUGUGUGUGUGUGUGUGUGUGUGUGUGUGUGUGUGUGUGUGUGUGUGUGUGUGUGUGUGGACAGGAGAGAUAAGGCCGCAGUGGUUUUUGCCUCACAGAAAGA